CGAAGGUACCGGAAAGGGCUCUCUUUUCGGGGUCCAGUCAUCGUGAAAAGACCGCAAGUUCAAUCGUCUUGUCACCCUCUGCUUUCCGCACCGGACAAUUGAGGUGCUUCCCCUCCCCUUUUCAUCCACAUUGUGUCCGCAGUUGCUCUUGAGUAUUAAAUGCCAGCACUGCGGGCACUCUUUUCCUCUUGGCUGUGGUAGUGCAGACAGUAUCCGGUGACCAUUCCCGACCCCAACAUGCUCGGAUCCUGGGGCCUAGUUCCAAGAUCUACGUCUCUCUGGGCGGCAGCUUUAAUUCUCCUCUGCCACUUAGUGCCGCUGGCUGUGGCGUUGCGGACAACACCAGGAUCGCCAUGUGCGAACGUUUGCAAUAAGCAAUCGGCCAACACCACGGGGUCCGAGAUUACCUGUCUAGAUACGGACUUCACUUCCACCAACAAAGGGUCUCAAUUCAAGCAGUGUGUCGACUGUCAGUUGCGUAGUACUUACAGUGACCCAUCUUCUGGGGAGACGGAUGUGGACUGGGGACUUUACAAUCUUCGUUAUACGUUCACCUCCUGUGUCUAUGGCUACCCUAAAAGUGUGAGCAAUAUCUCCACGCAAUGCACGGUGAACUGUCAGCCGUUGGACAGAGCCCUAGAGUUUGAUCUGACAGACCCGGGUGCGAACAACUUUUACACCUGGUGUGGGACUACGUCGUUCGCCGACAAUCUCAUCACCCAAUGCGAGCAGUGCUAUAAUUUCACCCUCACCCAGACCCAGGAUCCGACAAAUGGUCAAUCGCAGGUGUUUAUGGCGAACUUCCUUGAAGCGCUUCGUUAUAACUGCCAUUUUCGAACACCUACGGGCUUUGCGUUCCCUAUUAGCCCAACGAGGAUCUUCAGCCAGUCGCUAUUACCAUCCUCAACGGUAGACCUUAUCAAUCCAACCUCAACCGGUGGUCCUGGGGUCAACCUGGCUCUGGUGAUUGCACUCCCGGUCCUGGGAUUCGUGAUUCUGCUGUGCGCACUUUCCAUAUGCUGCUUCUUCUUCAUUCGGUGGCGUCGCAGAAAGGCCCGAAAGCAUCGACAAUCCAGCCACCUGCAUGCCCGAUGGAACGAUACCGGCAUUAGUACCCCGUGGGCGAACUACCACGAAAUGUACAGUCCGACCAAGUAUCAGCAGGGCCACGGGCAACAGCAGCAAGGGUUCAGCUUCGUCGACACCGAUGGACAAUAUCGCGAUGUGGGCUAUUCCAAGAAUCUCGCCGAGGUAACCGCGUCCGCUGUCGCAACGCCUCCCCUGAACCUUUCCCCAGACGGGGAGAAACAGAAAACCCCCGAGUACCCUGAGUACUUUGGCCAGGAUUCCAAGCAGAAGCGGUAGUAGUGACUGACGGUCAUAAGACUGGUUCAUGCAAAAGGUCUCUGGGCCGAUAAAUGACGUAUGGGUUCGUGCAUGUUAGUAGUUUCGAUCCCAGCUAUGUGCGUUGG